CUGUGUCCUAUACGAUGGCUUCUGCGUCCACUUCAACCGAUGUAGCCAAGACCAAGGCGAACGAAUACCCCAAGAUUGCACCGGGUGGUGGACUGAUACUGGCAUGGCAGCUCAAGGGCAAGAAGGUUCUGCUUGUAGGUGGAGGAAUGGUAGCAGCGGGUCGUCUGGUGAACGUCAAAGAUGCCGAUGCCCACCUCACCAUCAUCUCUCCUCGUUCCGGCCUCUCCGCUGAGAUGAAGUAUCGUCUCUUUACCGAGGAGUGCGUCGAAGUAUACCACGACCGCUCCUUCGAAGGAGAAUCAGACCUCUACGACCCUUCUGGAAAGCUCUACGACAUGGUACUAACAGCCAUCGACGAUUCGGAUCUCUCUCGCUCCAUCUGUCAGAUGGCUCGCAAGUUGAGGAUUCCAGUGAAUGUCGCUGAUGUACCUCCAGAGUGCGACUUCUACUUCGGCUCCCUGAUUCGUAGAGGACCAUUGCAGAUUAUGGUCUCCACUGGUGGAAAGGGACCGAAGAUUGCCAAUCAGGUCAGGGUGGUUAUGGAAAAGGCCAUUCCUGAGAACCUAGGCGAUGCUAUCACCAAUGUCGGUGUGCUCAGGGCGAAGCUCAGAGAGCGCGUACCGGAACAGUCUAGUAGUCCGAGGAGGAUGAAGUGGAUGAUCGAUGUGUGUGAAAAGUGGAAUUGGGACCAGCUGGCAGAGAUGACAGAAGAGGACAUGGAUAAGAUCCUCGCAGGGUGGAGCGAGAGGAAAUCGCCUAGCUACGUCGAAGUGAGAGGGGUGAGGAAGGCGUAUGCACCGAACCUGCACAGCAUCGCAAAGAGACUCUUUGCUGUCUGUCCAGUGGUCGGAUACAUCUCGCCCUGGGCGGCUGGUCUGAUGGGUUUCGCAUCGGGAGCAGGGGUAGCCGUCGGUACCAUUGCCUUUAGGACACGAAGGGCAUGAAGCGUGAAGAAAACUCUUGUACUAUUACAUUGCGUGAAUUACUACUGCUAGUCAAUGCUUUAUACCUUGUCUUUGUCUCUGUUGGUAUCGCAGUGCAACAAGCCUUCUUGUGUCUCGCCCAUGCACGCUAGUAGCUCAGGUCGCUUACCGUGCUCGAAGAGCAAUACUGACGAUGUGCCUGCAAAAGUCGAGUCUCCUUCAGUCCCCGUCCUGUUGCUUGUGACGAACAGAGUUUGUCUAGCGGGUCGGCCCCCCUCUGACCUCUUCUCCCAAAAAGGCUCGCACCUACCCGCCCAGUAAUUGACCACGUUCAAGUUCACCUCCCCUUCUCCUCCCUGUCCAAUCUUUCCUUCACUUCCC